AUGAGCAGGAAACUCGAGCUACUCUCGACAGAGAGGCUGCUAAAUACCGAGACACAACCGAGACGCAUGCUACAACCCACUCCACCGAAACUGCCCCCACAGUUACCGGCGAACGAAGUGAGUAUACCCUCAAGUCAAACAAUAUCAACAACAUCUAACAACAAAGUUCACCACCAUGUUCAUGAGCACGUUCAACCUGUCAUCCAAAAGGAGACUCUACAGGGUCAUGUAGUCCAUACUACAAUUCCUAUCCACGAGACGCACCAUAAUGCGGCAGUCCACCACGGGACUUCCACCCUUCCCACCAAGACUCUAGAGGAGUUUACUUCUGAGCGUGGAGGUCUUGGUGAGCGAGCUGCCCAGAAGCUUACCGAGUUCGAAGGAUGCCCUAAGCCUUACCGACAAGAGCUUCAGAAUGAGCAACUUGCAGGCGAUAAGAGCAUGCACCUCCAUGGUAACAACUACGGCGAGAACCAGGCCCAAUCUGGCCGAGAAGGCCACGGUAUUGGACAUACUGCCGAGGGCCUUGCUGCCGGUGGCAUGGCCGGAGCUGGUGCUACUGCUGCUUCCCGCAAGCACCGCCAUGGGCUCGGCCACAAGGAUCGUCGUGGCUCCGGCUCCAGUAGCAGCUCUAUGAGCUCCAGUGAUGAGGAAUCUCGUGGUCUUGGCAAAUCUUCCAAGCACAAGAACCGAGGGCUCGGUAGCUCUACCGGUACUGGAGUUGGAGCAGGUGCUGCCGCUGCUGCUGCAGGCGCCGCUCACAACCAGCACCAGAGCCGCGAGGGAGGAAUUCCCGGUACCUCUGGAGUCGGUUCAGGCAUGGGAUCUACUGGUAUGAUGGGUAACACUAGCACCAUGGGUGCUAAGAGUGGUAAUAUAGGAAAUCCUAACACUGCCGGACUUAACAAGCCCCAUGGCGGUGAGUAUGACUCUGUCAAGACUGGAGGUCUUCACAAUGACCCCCUUAAGAGUAACUCUUCUCACGUCCGCGGUGACUCAGGAGUUGGAAUGGAGCAGAAGAAACCCUCUCUCCUCGACCGUCUCAACCCCAUGAAGGAUGCUGAUGGUGACGGCAAGAAGGGACUUAUGGAUUAA